AUGGGCAAAUCCUAUCAAGCGAAGAAAUUGAGCUCAGGUUCCAUCCAAGUGGAAGUACAUACAGAGCAGCAAAGCGUAGCAUUUCAGUCACUGAAAGAGAUAGGAGACACACCAGUAACAGUCAGUAGACAUCGUGCACUCAACAUUGUAAAGGGUGUAAUAUCUGAGGGUGAACUGCUUUCCUGUUCGGAAUCGGAAAUUGAAGAGGGCAUGAAAGAUCAGGGAGUUGUGACAGCAAAAAGAAUAGUCAUACGGAGAGAUGGCAAAGAGAUCCAAACUAAACACAUUGUACUCUCAUUCAAGCUUCAUUCACUACCCUCAAGUGUCAAAGCCGGCGACCGUAAUUGUAACAUGAGACCUUACGUUCCAAACCCAAUGCCUUGCUUUAAGUGUCAGCGUUUUGGGCACAGUUCACAAGUCUGCCGUGGGAAUUUCGUUUGCCCAAAAUGUGACGGGAAGGACCAUACUCCAGAAAGCUGCAGGAAUGAGUUCCAUUGUGCAAACUGUGAGGGAAACCAUCCGGUGUACUCAAGGUCAGGUCCCCGUUGGAAUGACGAGAAAGAGAUAAUUAGAAUCAAGACCGAGCACAAUCUCAAAUAUAAAGCUGCAAAGGCACAACUUGACUUUGCAAAGAAAUGUAGUUUUUCCGACGUGGUGCGCAGGAAGGUGGCACCACCGAAGAGGUCUGUGGAGACUCAGACCUGUUUUCAGGUAACUGAGACUUUACUCCACACCCUCCAGCAGGAUGUGGGAGACACGCAAGUGCCUCCCACGUUGCCAGUGGCCAAUCAAGAGACUGGCCACAACAGAGGAGCCACGACCUCGUCUAAGGUCGAUGGCACACAAUCUGUUUGGGACGGGAACUUAAAGGUCCCUUCAAGCACAGGUUCAAGGUCUUGA